GAGGGAGACAAACAUAGAGAAAAGACAGUGUCCUGCUCCAUCAUCAGCCCACACUUACGGACAAGAAUGAAUCAUCUAUGGGACUAGAGCCGAUAUAUAUUCAGCUUUUUGUCCUAAAUAAGUGAUGUUGUAUACCCCCUUAUUUUCUAUCUACUGAUUAUUUUUGCGUAAAACGUUUGACUUUGACAAACCUCUACCGACGUAACUCUGGCAAAUAACGGCUAAAACAUUAGCAAACAAGCUAACCCGGCUGCACAGAGUUUACUAGAAAAGUCUUUGAAAAAGAUGGCUGACAACGGAGCGCCCCAGGUCGAGGAGGAUCCAGCCGCGGCCUUCCUCGCCCAGCAGGAGAGUGAGAUCGCGGUGAUAGAGAACGACAACGACGGCUUCGGGACUUUGGAGGAAGCGGACGCCCCGGAGCCCGCGACGAACUACGACCCGUUUGGAGAGGAACCUGCCGCACUGAACGGUGACAUGUAUCAGGAGACUAAUGGACCUACAGACUCCUAUGCAGCCAUCGCCCAGGUGGAUCAUCAGAGGCAAGAACCAGAAAGUUUACGCAAGUGGAGGGAAGAGCAGAAGGCACGCCUUGAAGCUUUAGAUUCUGCAUCUAAGGCAGCAGAGGAAGAAUGGAGGGCAAAAGCUAAGAAGGAACUGGAUGAUUGGCAUGUACAUCAGAGUGAGCAAAUGGAGAAGAACAAGGCCAAUAACAGAGCAUCCGAGGAGGCUUUUCUGGCAGAGACUGAUGGUGACAGCCCUGGCACUGAAUGGGAAAAAGUGGCCCGUCUAUGUGACUUCAAUCCCAAAACCAACAAACAGGCAAAAGACGUUUCUCGAAUGCGUUCUGUCCUAAUCUCUCUCAAACAAACUCCUCUAGUUCGCUAGUAAAUUAUGAACAGUACAUUCAAUGCAUUUGAAAAAGUGA